GUGAAUCCGUGAAUGAACAUAGGCUUGCACAUGUGAACCAAAUUAAUUGAACCAUUAUAUCUCAUCGUAAAUAGGGUAUGAGGAGACUGAAAUGUACGCAGACCUUUGUUCCUCGCAGAUCUUUGUUCCUCCGCUCUUGUCCUGGGAGGGAAGUUGUUGUUAUUGUAUAGUCUUGCACAUAUAAUCUAUUUAAUGCUGGAAGCUUGGUUAUUGUGUUUGAUUAUAAUGUUAUUUUUUUUUAUCUGAUAACUUUAUGACAAAUCUUUUGUAAGAUUGAUGUAUAAUAUUGUAGUAAUACUACAGUAUUUUGAAACUAUUUUGCUGAUUCUUGCCUGGCAUAUUUGAUGGCAGCAUUCAUUUGGUGUAUUUAUUAUUUAGAGUGGAGCAGCUUCAGAGCAAUUACAUCAUUGUAGUUAUUUUAUUGGAAUCAUAGCCUUGGCCAUCCUCUGAACAAUUUAUGGAUUGUACGAUUAUUGACUCUCAACUUACACAGAGUGCGUGUUUUGGUCAAUCAAACAGAGUGGAUUCUUCGCUGAGGAGACGUUCUCUCCCUCAACUUGGCGAUGAUACAGAUAGCGAGUCUGUUUCAGAGGCAGGUGAUAUAGGAGAUCGAGCACUUUCGAGCAAGCGUUACAGCGGAAGUGGUAGAAUACACUUUUUGGAGGACAAUGUCUCAAAUAAUAAUUUUGUUCUUCCAGUCCAACAGGAGGCGGUGGUGCACCUUGGCAGCAAAGAGCAAGAAACUAAACCGGAGAUGCCAUGGUUAUUGCAGUAUAUUUCUUGCCUUGUUCACCUUGCUGUUUGGGGAAUCUUUGGGGUUUUAACAAGGUAUCUAUUGCAGAAACUCUUUGGCCCUGGUAUUGUUGGCGCCACAAGUGACCAGAGCUAUAUGUACCUUGACCUUCCAUCUAAUAUGGUUGGUUCAUUCUUGAUGGGCUGGUUGGGCGUUGUUUUUAAAGCCAACAUAUCCAAAGUCUCAGAUCAGUUAGCUAUUGGAUUGACAACUGGUUACUUGGGAAGCCUGACAACAUUCAGUGGUUGGAAUCAGAAAAUGCUUGACCUCAGUGUUGAAGGCCAAUGGGUUUUUGUUGUGCUCGGCUAUUUUAUAGGACUGUUUCUUGUUGCGUACUCAAUUAUUUUUGGGAUAGAGACUGCUAAAGGAUUCAAAUGGAUGCUCAAAAGAUUAGCUUCACGUUCCAAAGGGGGAAACUUAAGUUCUAAAUCAAACUCGAUUGUGGAUAACUACAAAAUUCAUGUGGCAGCAUUGGUAAUUCUUAUACUUAUACUGGCCCUCUUAUGGUGCCUGAGUGGGGUUUUUGAGAAGAGAGAGUUUAGUAGUGGCAACAGUGCAGCUCAACUGUGGUUGGCCUGUAUGGUUGGACCUUUCGGUGUGUGGAUCAGAUGGUUCUUAGCAAGGCUUAAUGGGAGGGGUCUAGGGAAAAAUGGCUCCUUGAAGUGGGUUCCUUUUGGUACGUUGAUUGCAAAUGUGUCUGCAGCUUGUAUCAUGGCAGUUCUGGCAGUACUUAAAAAAGUGGUGAAAACCCAGAACUUUGAUACAGUAGCAUCAGGAUUACAGUUUGGACUGAUGGGAUGCCUGAGCACAGUUUCAACUUUUAUUGCCGAGCUCCAUGCUAUGAGACAGAGCGAUCAGCCCUGGAGGGCAUAUGCUUAUGCAGUAACUACAAUUUGUAUAUCCUUCUCCAUGGGUACCCUAAUAUACUCUGUGCCUGUUUGGAUUAAGGGAUAUGACUAAGUGGCUUAUCAUUGAGAUGUUAUUUAUAAAUGAAAAGUAGUUUUUAGUUUA